AUGCGGGGCGAUGAUCUCAUAGUGGCCGAGAUUCCGUGCGGCAGCGGCAGCCACUCAUCGGUCACGCUUAUCGCUCGCAGCGAGUCGACAAGCGCGCCUCUCGCUAUCCUCUCUCCACCAAGUGGCGUCGCAGCGGCGGCGCACGACCGGCUCCUAAAGGAGCUGUGGGCCUCCGUGCCAGACUCGUCCGUAUCAGGAGGCCGCGGCGCGUGCUUCCGGCUGCACGCCGACCCGGGCGGCGACGCGUGCGACGGUGACUUCUUCUCGCCCGCGCAACACGAGCGGCUGCUCUCCUUUGUCCGCGAGCGCGUGUUUGACGCGUGGCGCUCGGUGACGCCGGAGCUGCGCUCGUUGGCGGGCUCGUUCGAGCUCUUCAACCCGGCGCUCGGCGCAAACAUGGGCUGGCACCAAGAUGGCCACGCGGCAGGGGAGCUCGUGGCGCACUACUACCUGGCCGCCGACGACGAGGACAUGGCGUGGGCAGAG